CAGCUUCCCACUUCCGGUGUGUAUUGCUACUAACCUACAACUCACGUCAGAAUCGAAAGUCGUCUGGAUUGUGACCAGCGUGUCAUCCAAGAUGUUGGCUCUCAUAAACAAGCUUCUGGACUGGUUCAGGUCCCUGUUUUGGAAAGAAGAGAUGGAACUGACACUCGUGGGACUUCAGUAUUCCGGGAAGACCACGUUCGUCAAUGUGAUCGCUUCGGGCCAGUUCAGUGAAGACAUGAUUCCUACAGUUGGAUUCAACAUGCGGAAGGUCACAAAAGGCAACGUGACAAUAAAAAUUUGGGAUAUAGGUGGACAGCCCCGCUUCCGAAGCAUGUGGGAACGCUACUGUCGAGGAGUCAAUGCUAUUGUGUACAUGGUAGAUGCAGCAGAUCGAGACAAAAUAGAAGCAUCCCGAAAUGAACUCCACAACUUGUUGGACAAACCGCAACUUCAAGGGAUUCCGGUUCUCGUGCUCGGCAACAAACGAGACCUGGCCGACGCGCUGGAUGAGAAGCAGCUUAUUGAAAAGAUGAACCUGUCAGCCAUUCAGGAUCGGGAAAUCUGCUGCUAUUCGGUAUCCUGCAAAGAGAAAGACAACAUAGAUAUCACGUUGCAGUGGCUCAUCCAGCACUCAAAGUCGCGGAGAAGCUGAAGGUGAGAACCGCAGCUGCGGCCCGAGCGCCCCCACCCCCCUCCGCCAACACUUGCGAAUCGUCCACGGUCAUCCCUUCAACUGCCUCUGUGAAGUACUUCAGUUCCGUCCGUCCGCCCACCCGCUGCCGCCGCAACACGCCCGCGCCGCUGCUCACGACUCUCGUAGCUGUGUCGUCCUUGUACAGCACCAGUAGACCAACUUUUCUUCGGAGGCCUGAAAUGUUCUCAGCGCGAGAAGGUGCAUUGUUCAUGCCCGUCAUGCCUUAGCGCCCGUCCUCGUGAACGUUUUCCUCGGCACGGGAGUCCAAUCUCAUUGCCGUAAUUCUCCCUCGUUACAUCACAAAUGACUCCAAUCUGCUUUGGCGUUUACAAUGCGGUUGUGGUUUUGCCAAAUGAAGUUCACGCCUUCAACCACCGGUCGCAACGUAGCCGUAAUUUGCGGAAGGUGGCCAAUUAGCUGAUAGGCUUGAAUUCGAGUUGGAACAAAGAUGAGUAAAAGGUGAAAAGAAUGAGCGCUUGUUGCUGUCUCAGGCAGAAAUAGGCCUGUUGAGUUUUAAGUGCCUUUUGGCUGAGUGAGAGCUCCAAUUAGACAGCAGUCAUUGCCCAAAGCGACGUCUAAUGCACUAUUAUGAAAUUGUUGCAGACAGACUUAAAUUCUUUGAUUACACACCAAGCAUUCAGUCUGGAGUCUUGUGGGAAAAUGCAAACAAAUUGAGAACAUUUCGCCGAGUUGUUGCGUUUGAAGGCCUCUUACCCUUUGUCUAGCUUUCUAUGUAAGUGACAACUGCCAGGUCUUUUUAUUUUGAAAGCGGCAAAGAUUCGCAGAGGUAAAAUGGGUGCGGCUAAGUAGCUGGUUUUAUAAUCCUUAUUUUUUUCAGGUUGAAUAACAAAGCAAGUGUCAGUCAAGAGCAACAGGGGGAGUCACAGAGAGCAAACACGCUCGACGAUCAUUUUGAGUCUCGCUAAAAGACGGAUUGAUUGUCGUCUCCAAGACCGUUUUCUCCCUUUUAUCCACGUGACGCUUGAAUCAUUUCUAAUCACCCGCUCCAUGUUAGCCGCUCGGUUACUAUCUCCAACGGUGGCCUGGAUGGCAUUUAUUCAUCAGCCCAUCUCAUGUGUCCAGUCAUCACACGCUCCCUGUCGUCAUGUUGUCCUGUUUAUUGGUGAUGAGCAGAAUACUAAUUGUCAAGUGUUGUGACUGCAGCAGAAGCGAAGGGCCGUCAUGUCGGGUCAACUGGGAGAAGAAAAAGCUUGUGUAAUAUUAUAACAAUUUGCAUGUGCUAAUAUUAGUCAUCUUCAUUUGCAGACUUUGUAAAUAAGCAGUUGGCAUUUUUAUUCCAACAAAUGCUCCUGUAGAUGUCAUGCCUUCUUUCCAUGUGAUUGCUAAUAAAUUUGUUCUUUUUUUUUAA